AUGCAGCCACCAGCCUGUGACUGUCCUUUGGGAGAGGACCAAGAAGUGCCAGAGGAAGGGUGGCCCUUGGAUUUGGAAACUCAGCCACCUCACUGUGCUCCAGAGAACAGCAACCCAGACGGUGUCUCCUGGAAGCUUCCAUCCGUCGGUCCUCUUAGUUUUGUGGGGAGAACAGAGUCUUCCUGUCCUGAAGCGCCACCCCAGGGCUGUGGGACCUCUCCUCAGGGGCCCUGGAACCCGUCCAAGAAGCUCUGUGAGAACCAAGGGAACCUUCUCCAGUUUGACCGGCAAGCCCCCGGCCGCAUCUCCACCUCUCCCACCUUGAGGAGAUUAAGGGGCAGUAGCCAGGGGUCUUCCAUCUCGCCACCUCACCAAGAUGUCUUGGAUGUGUCCACCCAGAAAAGCUGGAGAGAUCCUACAGGCUCCCCAGGUCACCUUUCCCAGAGUCUACCUGGAAGCCCAAGAGAUUCUUCACCUUCCCUCUCACCCCUGAGACCCCGCUCAGGACGGCUUUCAGAUCCUGAAAGUACCCUCAGCACAGCUGACUCCUUCAAGUCCCCAACCAGGACCCCUGAUGAACAUGUCCUUCUUGCAUUUCGGCCCAUCAAUGAGGGGUCUCCUCACUGGGCCUCUCUUCCAGGGCAAGAAGGCCACUCAACGCCCAGCCCUACUGCAGGGUCCCCAAGACCUCAGGUAACUCAGCUCUAA